GCUAAACUCAGUCCAAUUAGUUUCGAUGAUACUUGUGAUUCUAGUGUAGAUGACUAUAAUGUAGAAAACGUCGUUACUGUGGGAAUCAUUGAACUCUACUUGAGUGCAUCUGUGAGAAGAUUGUUAAAUGUUAAAUGUCAAUGUACUUUGUUCUAUUAGAUACAGAAACAUAUUUUUUCUUUAGUUCAUGUUAAAGAGUGAGUUAUUUGUAUGGUUCUGGAAUUAGAACUCUAACAGUAAUUUGUAAACACCACCAUCAGUUGUGUUAAGAUGUGUAUUUAAUUAAUACAUAAUUAACACAUCAUUAAUGCAGAAUUAAUGCAAAAUUAAUACAUAAUUACCCAAAAUUCACCUUUACUCAGAUACCCCCUUUUUUAAAUCACAAUGUUUGUGAUUCCAUAAUUCCCACAUGCUUUUAUUUCUUAUGGUGAAGUAUAGAGAAAAUACAUUUGCACGUCUUGGUUCUAUUUUCCCAUAUUGUGCAACACCAUCUCUCUUUUUUUAGUGAUGCAUUUCUCAGAUUCUCAGACAUGAAUGAUUUGGAGCAAUGGCCUACUUAGACAAGGUCAGAGCAGUGACCAUAUUCCAGGGACCCUCUUUAACCUGACUUUUAAACUUCUAUUAGCGUGGAGGGCUCAAUAUGGGCCGGGUGUAGAUUACGCCCCUGUGGCUCAAGUACCAGGAGCCACCUGUAUCGGUCUACACCCUGACCCCUGACCCCUCGGCCAGGUAAACACAGCAGCCCUCAGUGCUAGAAUCCUUUUUAACAGAAACUUCUUCCUCAUAGCUCAGACGCUGCCUGCACACGUGUGCACACGUGAAUGGAAAACCCGCUGGAUCUGUACUUUCCGCCUAUUUAUAGCUGGUAGUUAAAGUAUAAAGCCAUGCUCACACAGCAACAGACGCAGACAUCCAGCACACCGACCGAGACGCAGAGACGAUGGCCCAGAUUGCUGUCCCACUUCUCCUGGUUCUGCUCGUCGGGUUCUUCUGUCAGGAUGCCGCAGCUUUCCGUAAGAACCUCUGUGUUUAUUUGUUUGUCUCUCUCCGUGAGCAGUUCUGCAUGCUUUCAGUCACUUCCAUGUCUAGCGGUUCUAACGUAGACCAACAUGCACAUCUGUCAUCAAACUGCUACUCCCAUGCUGCGUCUGUCUGCUCCUGUAAGGGCGGCGUCUGAGACAGCAGGCUCACGUCUUCAUCUGUCUGCUGUGCAGGGUGUUGCAGGAGAUAUUCCAAACGAGAGGUUUCCUUCACCCACAUUAGAGGAUACGCCAUCCAGACCAUUAAACGAAACUGCAACAUCGAUGCUGUUAUCUUCUACACCAGUUCAGGAAGAUGCGUUUGUGCGGAUCCAUCACAGGCCUGGGUGAUCAGAAUACUAAAGUAAGCACAAAUAAAUAUGUUUGUGUGUGUGUGUGAGUGUGUGUGUGUGCGCGAGUGUGUGUGUGUGUGUGUGAGUGUGAGUGAAUACCAUGUGCAUAACAUUGUUAAAGAUAGCCAAUGACUGAGAGGUGUUGUUUCUACACUCCUCUCCUCAGUGAGAGUGUUAAGACUCCCAGCAGCAGCUGGAGGAAGCAACAGAGAAGAAAUUGAAAACUGAACCCAACGCUGUUCUGAAGAGAUGCAUCUAACACACCCCUCACUCACAUUUUAGAUUUCAUAUGUCUUUUCUUGAGGAAAAAAACAAUUUUCUUUAUGCAAUUUGCAUAAGUACUGUGCAUAUAUGUAUAUGCUUUUAAAAAUAUUUAUAAUACUAUUUUAAUAAAUUUGUAUUAUUUUCUCUUAUUUUCUAUAAGACUUGUGUGUCACUACUAUCACUAUUAUAUUAUAUAAUUAUUGUCACUAAAACAAUACAAAUAAUUCGUACUGGUUCUAAACUUCCCUGCAAGCCACACACACACACACACACACACACACACACACACACACACACACACACACACAUACACAAAGCACAGCAAAUUACCAUGAUUCAAAUAUGGCUAAAAAAAAAAAAACAAAAACAGAACACGAACGUUAUACGCACCGUACAUCAAACAGGCGUCUAAAGACACGACACUACCACAGUGAACACACUGACCAAGCUAACGCCAAAUGCCAACCGAUCAACACGUUGGACUGGUUUGUCAAAACCCUAGAACGCACUUCCUCAUGCACGCGGACUCAGCCGGCUGUUUCUGCUUUUCCUGAACUACCUGAAGCCAGCUGGAAUCUUUGGAAUGUGGCGGAAGUGACGGUGUGGAAAUAGCUCAAGAAGAUUUCACCAAAACUCUGCAAUCUUGGCUCGACGGAGCAGACUUUUAGCCCGCUUGGCAAAUAUGACCCGAAACAGCAGCCAUAGCAGAUCCCUCGAACUGAUGAGGUAACCGCAGCGUUUGGAAAAAGAGGAACAAGGGCACUGAUUUACGUUCACUGAGGUUCGAAGGCCGUUUAUGUAAAAGCACUGUGGGCGGACAGAAAAUGUGCUUCCAGGUGAGAGUUUCCUAUGACGCUCGUCCGUGUAUGAGGAAGCAGGAUCCACCGCCGUAAGAGGGAAGGACCACGGGCCGCUGCAAAUAAUGAGGAACAGGACAAGCAACAGGCGCGUCAGGCGCGCAGCAAAAGCGCCGGUAUACGGCCGCAAACAUGCGCGCGCUCUGGUUCCGGUUAGUAUCCCGUCACUAGAUGUCGCUGUCUCACGAGCGUUUCUGCGUUGGUGCUCUAGCUCGGCCAUCCAUUCACAUAAACACACUCUACUGGCCCUCCUGAAAACUGUACAGUCUUCAGUAAAGUUUUCAGCAGCGUUUCAUUUCGGAAUAAACAGGGUCGGGCUUCUCGUGUGCACCUCCUGAGGAUAAUCACUAAUGGCUCAACAUCAAAGCCAUUUACUUCAGCUGUGACUACACGCGCCGGGCACACGUGCAGCGUCGUCUUAGCGCUUUUAAUUUCGCUUCGUGAGUGUGAACUUCACAAAGCUUUACUGGGGGAAAUCUGUGAAACCUGUGCCUGUCGUGGGUGGGACAUUAAUUAGUGCUGAUCCGUGUCUGGGUGGUUUUUCCCAGACGGAUUGUGAAUGCUGAAGGGGCGAGAG